AUGGUCACUCAUUUUCUCCUCUUUACACAGGUUUCUGAAGCAAGCAUGGCAACGGUACCUGAACCCGCCAACGAAGUGAUGGCUUACUACAGUGACGAGAAUGACCUGUUAUUUGAGGCUGACGGCCCCAAACAGAUGAAGUGCUGCGUCCAACACCUGGACCUCAGCUCCGUGGGAGAUGGGAGCAUCCAACUGCAAAUCUCCCACCAGCUCUACAACAAGAGCUUCAGGCAGGUGGUGUCAGUCAUCGUGGCCAUGGAGAAGCUGAAGAAGAUUCCCUGCUCACAGGCCUUCCAGGACGAUGGCCUGAGGAGCAUCUUUUCACUCAUCUUUGAAGAAGAGCCUGUCAUCUUUGAAACGUACAAUGAUGAACUUCUGUGCGACGCGAGUGUGCAGUCGCUGAACUGCAAACUCCAGGACAAAGAGCAAAAAUCCCUGGUGCUGGCUAGUCCAUGUGUGCUGAAGGCUCUCCACCUCCUCGCACGGGACGUGAACCGAGAAGUGGUUUUCUGCAUGAGCUUCGUGCAAGGAGAUGAAAGUGAGGACAAGAUACCUGUGGCCUUAGGCCUCAAGGAAAAGAAUCUAUACCUGUCUUGUGUGAUGAAAGGCGGUAGGCCCACCCUGCAGCUGGAGGAGGUAGACCCCAAAACUUACCCAAAGUGGAAGAUGGAAAAACGAUUUGUCUUCAACAAGACAGAAAUCAAGAAUGUAGUUGAAUUUGAGUCUGCCCUGUACCCCAACUGGUACAUCAGCACCUCUCAAGCAGAAGAAAAGCCCAUCUUCCUAGGACAAUCCAAAGGCGGCCAUGAUAUAACUGACUUCACCAUGGAAAUCAUCUCUCCCUAA